CUAACAUCAUCGAAAAGAGGAUAAGAACAGAAAAUGGCGAAACACUGUUCCCUUUUGUUCUGGUUCGUGUUCACUGUCUUGUCGCUGUGUUCCACAGAAACCGGAGCCCGGUCUGGAAAUUUUCCGUCGCCGAUCACCGGUCUGAUCCCGAGAUCUCUAUACGACUCGAUGUUUCUCCACAAGGACGAUAACGCCUGCCCGGCAAAAGGGUUCUACCCGUACGAGUCGUUCGUGGAGGCGACGAGGCGGUUUCCGGCGUUCGGAACCACCGGAAAUAUGGAGACGCGGCGGAGGGAGGUGGCGGCAUUCUUGGCGCAGAUAUCUCACGAGACGACCGGAGGGUGGGCCACUGCUCCGGACGGUCCGUACGCUUGGGGUUUGUGUUUUAAAGAGGAAGUGAGCCCUCAAAGCGAUUACUGCGACUCUUCUAACGCUCAGUGGCCUUGUUUCCCCGGCAAGUCUUACAAAGGACGUGGCCCCAUUCAAAUUUCAUGGAACUAUAACUAUGGACCGGCGGGUCGAGCGCUGGGUUUCGACGGUUUAAGGAACCCGGAAAUCGUGGCGAACAACUCCAUAAUAGCCUUCAAGACAGCACUAUGGUUUUGGAUGACGGAGCAGAGGCCGAAACCGUCGUGCCAUGAUGUCAUGGUCGGAAGAUACAGGCCAACGGCCGCUGAUUUGGCUGCAAACCGAACCGGGGGAUUCGGUUUAACGACAAAUAUAAUCAACGGCGGUUUAGAGUGUGGGGUAACCGGAGACGGUCGGGUCAAUGACCGGGUCGGUUAUUUUAAGAGAUAUGCCCAAUUGUUUAAUGUGGAAACUGGGCCUUAUUUGGACUGUGAGAAUCAGAGGCCUUUCUCUUCAAAUUAAUGGGCCUCUCUCUAUCUCUCUCUCUUUUUCAAGUAUAUAGUCACGUUCUUCGUUGGAGGGUUAAUGAAAUAAUUGAACAAUGUAAUAUCAAGCAUUGUAUUUUAAUUUAUAUUUUAUGCAUGUUUCUGAUUAAUAUA